UAUGAAGCCAUGGACCAGAAACACUUUUAUUUUGAAGGUCCUCUCCGGAUGUUUUGGUAUAUUCGCGGUUUGUUUUACUCUGCUUUCCGUAUCACUGUCAUUCAUUCAGUCAGAUCUUUUUAUCCAGCAGGAGAAAGGAAAAACUCAAGAUUAAGAAUGUUGGGUAAGAGAUCGUUAUUAGCGGCUCUGCUCGCUGUGGCGGUUGGUGUUUACCUGCUGCCUUCUCCCAUAGACCCCAAACCACACGUACUGAAGGGGCCUCCUCCGGCCCUCGAGGGGCCGCUCGCUGUCAACACCCGUCUGCAGAAGGGCCACAGGCUGUUUACUGGGAAACUACACGGACCAGAAUCCUUCACUGCAGAUGAGCAGGGUAAUGUGUACACAGGAACAGUGGACGGGAAGCUGUGGAGGAUCGGUCCUGAUGACAGCCUCACUCUCAUCACACACAUGGGACAGGAUUUACCAGAAUGUGGCAGCAGUACAGACUAUGAGCCUGUGUGUGGUCGUCCUCACGGUGUGCGUUUGGAUCGUCGCGGCCAGCUGAUAGUUGCUGACUCAUACUUUGGGCUGCACAGCGUCAACCCCCAAACUGGAGAAAAGACUCUGCUGCUGGCUAAUUCACAAGGUGCUGAUGGCGUUCCCUUUGCCUUCCUGAACGGGCUGGAGAUUUCUUCCCAAACUGGGAUCAUUUAUUUCACUGACUCCUCCAGUCGUUGGGGACGCAGACACGUCACACUGGAGGUGAUCGAGCUGAACAGCCUCGGCCGUCUUCUCUCCUACGAUCCAGAGACAGGGAGUGUGAAGGUCCUGCUGGACUCCCUCUACAUGCCCAACGGCAUCGUCCUGUCGCCUGACGAACACUUCCUGCUGCUGGCGGAGACGAGCAUCGCACGCCUGCUGAGGUUUUGGCUGAAGGGCCCGAAGGCUGGCAACAAGGAGAUCGUCAUGGACAACAUGAUUGGUUACCCAGACAACAUCCGCCUAAGCGACCACGGAACAUUCCUGGUUGGCAUAACAACGACACGGUUCCGGAAGGUCACGCCUCCCUUCUUGGACAUGAUCGCCCCGUACCCGGCUGUCAAACGCUUCCUGGCCAAGGUGAUUCCUCUGAGCUGGUACAGCCUCCUGCUGAGGCGCUACGCUCUGGUCCUGGAGCUGGGACCGGAGGGCGAGAUCGUGGACACGCUGCACGACCCCGAAGGCCACCUGACGUGGGCCAUCAGCGACGUCUUCCAGCACCGAGGGAGGACCUACCUGGGCAGCACCAACCUGCCGUUCCUGCCGGUCCUGGAGGGAUCCUGGGAGAGCUGAUGAUGGACUACAGCAGGAAACUACACGUAGGCUCAUUCAUUCUCAUUUUUGGACAGUUUGGGAUCCCGAUCAAGCAUUUACGAGGACAUUUUGUAGCUCUUCUGGAUUUCUUUGGGGGCAUUUUCAGCCUUUAUUUUGAUAGGACAGCUGAAGACAUGAAAGGGGAGAGAGAGGGGGGGAAUGACAUGCAGCAAAGGGCUGCAGGUCGGAGUCGAAUCAGGCCUGCUGCGUCGAGGAGUUAACCUUUAUGUAUGGGCGCCCGCUCUACCGACUGAGCUAACUGGGUGCCCCACUUCUGGAUUUGACGUUUUUAGUCAGCGUUGAACGUUGCAAAGGUUUAAACCUGGAUAUUUGUGGUUUCAAUUCGGACUCUGUCGCCAAUUUAUGACCUGAGAGGUGAACUGAGCAACUGUGAUCAUCUAAAGACUCUUUCAGUGGAAACAGAACAAACUUCCAUCUGCUCAAAGUGAUGUUAUGCCGUUUGAUGGGAUAACAAUGGAUGUCCUUUUUUAGUGCAAAAGACAGAAAUGGUGAGCUCAAAUCACAUUAUAUACCCAAAAUACUGUACAGUUAAAUUAUAGAAGUUCAAAGUUUGAUCAAUGCACUGGAUGUGUGCAGACGAGCACCAGAAGAAACACUGAAUCCAUCUACCUUCUUUCCAACUGCAAUUAAACUGAAAUAAAUUUAACUUUAAUAGUCUAUUAUUGAAAUGUAUCUAGUCUAUUAAUAGUUUGUUUGCAAGUGACAUGGGAGCUUAAAUGAACUCAAAGUGAUUUCUCUCGGUCAGUUUGGACUAAUCAAAUCUCCUGGCGCCUGGAUCUUUAAAAUCAACCAACUUUUUCUCUGAGGAAUUUUAAAUGAACGUUUGAAAUAUAGAAUUUUAGUGUUUAAAAACUGUAGGAAUGUGUACUAUUAAUACCAUAGACUGAAAAAAAUGAAAUUUCAGUGAGACUCUUGAAUUACAUAUGGGUCGCAAACAGCUGAAACGAUAUGAUUAGUCACUUUAACACUUAAUUGUGAGGAUUUUCUUCUUUUCUCUGAUUAAAUAAUUGUAAACUCCUUCA